GUUCGAGCUUGCGCAGUCGCGUCUCUCAAUCGCCCAUGGGACAACUCACGAUCCUCCGACGCGUCUGACUAGGCUCGAUCACUUCCCCUCGUCUGCCAACACUACAUUCUCUUGGAAGAUCAUUCUCUACAGAUCAAAAGGUCAUGGCACCAACAAAACGUCCUGCAGCGGAAGGCGACCGCUCGAUUUCUCCUCCGCCCUUGAAGCGAAAAGCCCAAACCGCCAUCUCAAAGAGCGCGGUCGCAAGCUUCUUCACCCCCGUAUCCCAGAAACCAAAGGACCGAACAACUUGGACAGAGAGAAGCCCCAAUGCCGACUCGCCUGCCACCCUUCUCGUAGCCAAGUAUGUCCCAGAACGAGCGCCGACGAGCGAUGAAUCAGGGAAACCAACAGUCAAGAGGAGGAAGAUCGCGGCCUUUGAUCUCGACUCGACCCUGAUCACAGCCGCCUCCGGCAAGAAACACUCCCACGACGCAGCCGACUGGAAGUGGUGGCACCACUCGGUCCCCGAUCGGCUACGAAAGCUUUACAAUGAAGAAGGAUACCAAGUCAUAAUCUUCACCAACCAAGGCGGCCUCACCCUCCACUCCGACCCCAACUCCAAAACCAAGACCCCCAAAGCCCAACUCAACCGUGUGCCCCAAUUCAAGCAAAAAUGCUCCGUCGUGCUCUCCCAGCUCGACAUCCCCACGACGCUCUACGCCGCCACGGGCAAGGACAUCUACCGCAAGCCGCGGCCGGGCAUGUGGCAGGAGAUGAAGGCCGACUACAACUUGGUUAGUGACGACGACAUCGACCUCGAGAACAGCAUCUUCGUCGGCGACGCAGGCGGUCGACAGUCGGAGCUGACGGAGGGUAGGGGUAAAGGCAAAGCUACCGCAACUCCCAAGGACUUCAGCUGCUCAGACCGCAACCUAGCGCAUAACGUGGGCAUCAAGUACCAAACGCCCGAGGAGUUCUUUUUGGGGGAGGAGCCGAGGAAUUUUACGCGGGAUUUUGAUCUGGUGAAAUACCCUUAUCCCUCCUCACCUCCCACCACCACCACCACCACCACCACCACAGACUCCUCGUCAUCCUCGACGAAAAAAGAAAUCCUCUUCACCAAAACCUCCCCCCAAGAACUAAUCCUCUUCGUCGGCCCCCCUGGCGCCGGCAAGUCGACUUUCUACUGGCGGCACCUGAAACCUCUUGGUUACGAGCGGGUCAACCAGGACGUGCUGAAAUCCAAAGAUAAGUGCUUCAAGGCGGCGGCAGAGUAUUUGAAGGAGGGGGACUCGGUGGUGGUGGAUAACACCAACCCCGAUCCGGAUACACGCAAGCAGUGGGUUGAGCUCGCGACAAAACAGGGGGUGUCCGUUCGGUGUGUCUGGUUUAGGACGCCGUUGGUGGUUUGUGAGCAUAAUGAUGCUGUUAGGGCUUUGAAUAAGCCUCUCAACCCCGAAUCCCGAACAUCACUCCCCAAGCUUGCCUUCAACGGCUUCAACGCCCGGUUCAAGGAGCCCAAGGUCAAAGAAGGCUUUCAAGACGUUACCGAGGUGGACUUCAAGUUCAGAGGAACCAAGGAGGAAUAUGAGAUAUGGGGGAAAUAUUGGAUUUAGUAGGGUUUAGGAUAAGUGUUGACGUUGUUGCGCACGUUGGAGAAAUACCCGAGGUUUCCAUUCUUCUUCCUCGUUUCGAUAUAUCGGUUUUGUUCUUGCUUGAUAACCCACCACCAUCCAGCCUCUUGAGCUUCGAUCUGUUUGGCAAAGUCUCUUCAGUUCUUUCUCAUCAUGCCAAGCAAGGCACGUCUUGGAUUUGAGGGUGAUGACGUGGCUACCUACCUAGCCUUGGCCUAGCCUAGUUUAUCAUAAUUUUUCCGUCUUUCCCUACUAUCCUUCCUCAGUGCCCGCCCUCCUUCAUCUGUCGCCGUGGGAAGAAGAAAAAGAGAGAAAGCCUGUACGUCUCCUGCCGCCAUGUACGGUCUGUGUGAAAAAAAAAAAAAAAAAA